AGAAGAAGAAGAAAGUGAUUUGGGCCUUCACAAACGGGCCAAUGAUCGAGUACGACCCAGGAAAGCAAACUACCAUCGUCUACCUUCGGGCAGUGGCGAAGCAACUUCUUCAACAUAUGCCGGAGUUCAAUAGCACUCAUCUUUAACCUCUACAAUGCUUUAAACUCACACUAGAACACUUGUUACGCUUCAAUCCAUGACGGAAAACCAGAAACAUGGGCUAGAAUUAAGUAUAGACUCAUCAUCUCAAAGGCCCUUGAAAAUUGGAAAGACCACAGACGAACUUUUUCACGGCGACGAGGAGGAAGCAGAAACCAUGAACCCUAAACCUGGAAUCCAGCGCUACCUUGUCGCAGUCGAAUAUAUUGGAACUCGGUUUUAUGGGUCUCAGCAACAGCCCAACUGCCGUACGGUGGUUGGCGCGCUCGAGGAAGCGUUCCAGAAGUUUAUCGGUCAACCAGUCUCAGUGUUUUGUUCUAGCAGAACUGAUGCUGGAGUACAUGCCUUAUCAAAUGUUUGUCAUGUUGAUGUUGAGCGCAUAAGCAAAAGAAAGCCUGGAGAAGUGUUACCACCUCAUGAACCGGGAGUGGUUCAUAAGGCCGUGAAUCAUUUCUUACAGAAACAUGAAGGUGAUGUUACUGUAGUUGAUGUUCGAAGUGUUCCCAAUGAUUUUCAUGCUAGAUAUAAAGCUCAAGAGCGUACGUACUUUUACCGGUUAGUUUCUGGACCAGAAGCUCUCUCAAGCUUUGAGAAGGAUCGAGCAUGGCACGUGCCUGAGACACUAAAUAUUGGGGCAAUGCAGGAGGCAUGCAAAGUGCUGGUCGGACAUCAUGAUUUUAGCUCCUUCAGGGCAGCUGGUUGUCAGGCAAACUCACCAAUCAGAACUCUGGAUGAACUAAACGUUUGUGAGGUGGCUUCAACUCCUUAUUUUCCAACAUCAAUGGAGCGAAAGCAAAGGCAGGGCAAAGAAGAAAGUGAGAUUGAAGUGCCAUGUUCAGAAACUUGUGAGGUUGGAUUUGGAAUCAGGAGAAGGCAUCGUUGUUUCGUGGUGACAGCACGAGCACGCUCUUUUCUCUAUCAUCAGGUGAGACUGAUGGUUGGAGUUCUUAAAGCAGUUGGCUCUGGAGAUCUAACCGUAGGAGAUGUAGGAAGAAUAUUGGAAGCGAAGAAUGUGAGUUCAGCAAGGCCAAUGGCUCCUGCAUGCGGACUCUACCUCGGCCAUGUCAAAUACGAUCUACCGCCAGCUCCCCAUUGAAUUCAAUCUUGUUGCACCUAAUUCCAUGUUUUCCUUUUUGUUACUAAAAAGAAAAAAGAAAAAACGUUUAGAAAAUCAUUUUUUAAAAAAGAAGUUGCCACAUGGUAAUAUUUUAUUAGAUGGUAGUCUAAAUUGCACUGAGAUAAGUCUAAAUUGCAUUAAGUACUUUUUGAGCUUUACUUAUAUGCAGCUCUCUUUUUUUGACAUCCAAAAUUAAUAGUUGAGUUGAAGUGGAAUCUCAUUCCAUUCUAUACAAAUUUAUUCUCUAAUA